GCUGUUUUCGGUGGCGGUCGUGCAGUUGCAUUACCAGGCGCAGGUGGCGUGUUGGUAGGACUUCAGCCCGCGGCAAGCAGCUCCUUGCCAAGACACACGGCUGACACAAAAAGCGGAGGCGAGCAGCAAGUUGGUAAUCUCCUGGGGAACGGAUUUACGCCCACACUUAUACUAGUCUAUUUACAGGCUCAGGCGCUGAGAGUUGUGCCUUGUUCUAGUCCCUUCUUCUAACCAAACGCGGAAGCAAUAUUGACACUCCGUGUUCCAUGAGUCCGUCGGCCGCCUUUCUAGAAGUCUGCUUUUCUAGGCGCUCUAAUUUUUUGGAUACGUCGUCUGAGCAAAAAGUGCGGAAGUACAUGAUUAGUAAUCGCGAGCUGCAUGCAAGGACGAAAGCCCUCAACUACCGGGACAAGGCUGGCAACAAAAUCAAUCGGCAAUUUGUUCU